AUGUGGACCGCCGAAGCUCGGCCGCCUCAGAAAAACUGGCCGGCCAACAGCCCUCCAGAACAGCCGCCAUCCACAGGGGAGCCCCUCUCCUCACGACCCACCUGAGGCGGAAAGAUUCCGGGCAUGUCGACCAGGAAGCGCCAGUGUCGUGUUUUAAACACGGUUGGGCGCGCGUCUCUCCACGGCAGUCUUUGAACUGAGAACUGUAGUUCCGUGAGGGAAGACCCAGACGGCCGCUAAAGGAUCUCUUGAACUGAGAAAGAAUUAUGGAUCCAAACUUGCUACGAGAAAGAGAACUUUUCAAGAAACGAGCGCUCUGUACUCCUGCUGUAGAAAAACGUCCGACACCUUCUUCUGAUUCCUCAUCUUCUAAAAAGAAGAAAGCAAAGGUAGAGCCGGGUGGAUCAUCAAGUUCAAAACAAAAUGCAGACCACAGCAAUGGAUCUUUUAAUUUGAAAGCCCUUUCUGGUGGCUCUGGUUACAAGUUUGGAGUCCUUGCAAAGAUAGUCAACUAUAUGAAGACACGACAUCAGCGUGGUGAUACACAUCCAUUAACUCUAGAAGAAAUAUUGGAUGAAACGCAGCACCUAGAUAUUGGACUGAAGCAGAAACAAUGGUUAAUGAGUGAGGCCCUUGUCAACAAUCCCAAAAUAGAAGUUAUAGAUGGGAAAUAUGCUUUCAAACCUAAAUACAAUUUGAAAGAUAAAAAGGCCCUGCUAAGGCUCUUGGAUAAACAUGAUCAGCGAGGAUUGGGAGGAAUACUUUUAGAAGAUAUUGAGGAAGGGCUACCUAAUGCACAGAAAGCCAUAAAGGCUUUAGGGGACCAGAUCAUCUUCGUUACACGUCCUGAUAAGAAGAAAAUUCUUUUCUACAAUGAUAAGAGUUGUCAAUUUACAGUGGAUGAAGAAUUUCAGAAACUUUGGAGGAGUGUUCCUGUGGAUUCCAUGGAUGAAGAGAAGAUAGAAGAGUAUCUGAAACGCCAGGGUAUUUCUUCCAUGCAGGAGGCGGGUCCAAAGAAAAUGGUUCCUGUUCAGAGGAGAAAGAAGCCUGCUUCUCAGAAGAAACGGAGGUUCAAGACUCACAAUGACCAUCUGGCUGGAGUAUUGAAGGAUUACUCUGAUGUGGUUCCUGGCAAAUAGGGGGCCUUCUGGAACGAACUGUUGUGAGCUUUGAUGCAGAUGCUUGGUAGCUCUGAAGGACAGGUGUCCUGUGUCUAAUGUGAUGGUGGUUCUCCCCACUCUCAGUGCUACAGCAGCUGAAAAGGAACAGAUCUUGAGAUCAAGGAUCUUAAUGCUUAUUUUAUUGGCUACUAUGAACUUGGAUCAGAGCUGUUCACUGUCAGCAGACUUUUGAUAUUGGGAUGAAAUAUAUUCAGCAUGUAAUGCCAUUGUUCAUGUUCAUCAUUUAAGACUUUUUUUUGAAGAUUUCUUUGGGGUUCUGUGGGUAUUUUCAUUUAUUCAUCUGGGGCUGACUUAGAGAUAAAACUGAGUAUUUGUUUUAUCUAUGUCAAGAACACGUUUAUAAUAAAAUCAUUCUAGAAAGAUGAA